AUGGCCGCCUACAGUGUGGCCUGCUAUCUCCUUCAAAUCAAGGAUCGGCACAAUGGAAACAUCAUGCUCGACAAACAUGGUCACAUCGUACACAUAGACUUUGGUUUCAUGUUCGAGAGCAGCCCAGGUGGUAAUUUGGGCUGGGAACCGGACAUUAAGCUGACCAAGGAGAUGCUCAUGAUCAUGGGUGGCACUGUGGACCGUCCCGCCUUUCAGUGGUUCGAGCAGCUUUCUGUGCGCGCCUACCUGGCCCUGAGACCCUACCGUGAGGCUAUUGUCUCCCUAGUUUCCCUUAUGCUUGACUCCGGUCUGCCUUGUUUCCGGGGUCAGACAAUCAAACUACUGCGUCAACGUUUCAUGCCCACCGUGUCAGAUCGUGAGGCCGCCAAUGCCUUUAUUCGCAUGGUGCGUGCCUGUGUGGAUCACUGGCGCGCCAAGUCCUAUGACUACCUGCAGUACUAUCAAAACCGA